AUGGGCAAGAGUCCGGCCGAAAACGAAGAAGAAAAGGCUCGGGAGUCUCGGCGUCGACUAGCAAUAGCAAUCGAACGUGAUGAGGUUAAUGAGCUAUAUAGCUUAAUUGAGGAGGACGAAAAUCUCGUAGAUCACGGAUCCGAGGGUCCCCUCCCAAAUACUGCACUGCACGACGCCGCCGACAAGGGGAAAACUAAAGUGGCAAUGGAGAUAGCCAUAUUGAAGCCGUCGUUCGCUCGAAAGCUGAAUCGAGGGGGUCACAGCCCCAUGCACUUGGCUUUGCAAAAGAAGCAUUAUGGCACCGUGAGGGCACCGAUGACCCUCGACCCCGAGUUGGUCCGAGUCCGAGGACGAGGCGGGAUCACCCCUUUGCAUUUCGUAGCCAAGGAAAAAGGAGACAGCGCAAAGGAGAAUGUCGAGCUCCUAGAACUCCUGGCCGAAUUCCUAUGGGAUAAGUCGUCAAUUGAAGACUUGACGAACCAAUGCGAGACUGCGGUUCACGUUGCCCUCAAGAGCCACAACCUCGAAGCAUUCAAGGUUUUGUUUGGAUGGCUUAAGCGAGUCAAUCUAACAGAAAUCUUGGAUUGGAAAGACCAAGAUGGUAAUACUGUCUUACAUAUUGCUGUUUUAGAAAGGCAGCCUGAGAUCAUCAACCUGUUGAUUGGGCAUGUCAAAGUAAAUGUGAGGAACUUCGAGGGUUUGACGGCUCUAGAAAUCUUCCAAGCGAAUCCUAGCGGCGAUCAAGAUCUGGCGAAGAAGUUACGAGAUCCUACUCUCAGUAAAAACAUCCGUUUAUCAGUGUUUUUAAGAAGUCCACUAACACCGUACGAGCGGAUCGUAUUUGAAUUCGGCUUCAGAGAUGAAUCCGUUCGCAACAUAGUCCUUAUAGUGGCUGCCUUAAUUACGACUGCCACUUACCAAGCCAUGCUCACUCCUCCAGGAGGAUACUGGCAGGAUAACUCUCCAAAUCUCCCGGCCAACUCCAGCGGCAUCCCCGCUGGAAAACCACAUCGUGCUGGAAACAUUAUUCUGAGCGGCGCAUAUCUGUACGCGUUCACGACCCUCAACAGUUUUGUUUUCUUGGCCUCCAUUGGCACAAUCUGUAUGAUGGCUUUUCCCCUACUGCCCCACGCUUCCCCGGUUUACUUGUCAGCGGUUUCUGUUGGUUUUGCCUACUUUGCUACCCUUACGAUCGAAUUCACGAGAUCUGAUGACGUCGCGGGAAUCGUCAUAACGGCAUGUUUUUUUAGCUUGCUGCUGGUCUCGUUGGCAGCCAAGUGGAAGGCGUGGUCAAACCACAACCGGCUCCUAUGCGGAAUCGAUGCCACAGGGAGACGCGUCGGCCAUUUCCCAAAACUGAAGCAUGGAAAAUAG